AGCGUUUUUGCACCCGUUGAGGAUGCUCGUACAAUGCGACUCGCGGCUAAGCAAGCUAAGACUGUGAACGCUUCGAUACAACAAGAUACCUAUGCAACGGCUGAAAACGACUUUAAUUUACAAAAAACGGGGCUUUUGGGAAUCACAUCAGAAGUAGAAAAACUUUCAAAUAAUUCUGAUGUCACACAAGAAAUCCCAGGUUCGUUGCUUUAUGAGAUUUUGGGGUUUCUUAACCCGGACUCGAUUGAUAUAAUGAAUCUCGUGGAUAUUUUCAGAAAUUUUAGAUCUAUUAAUUCUAUUUCAUCAUGA